CCCAUCUCAUGGCUUAUACACGACAUCGAAAGCGCUAAACUAAUCGGACAGAAGUCGGACUUCACUAACAAAGACUUUAUGCCCAUCUCAUGGCUUAUACACGACAUCGAAAGCGCUAAACUAAUCGGACAGAAGUCGGACUUCACUAACAAAGACCUGAAAGAAGAUAUGAUGACAUCGGAUAUGACGCCAGACAUCAACGGAAACUUCAACAGAGAGUCCAAAAGGGAUGUAUACGAGGGACAGGACUCCAGGAAACACAUCACAAAUCGGGUGUCCGACAGUCACACCACCAGUGAAUCGAUCACAGAUAUGGAUGAAGGGAUCACCACUGAAAUGGUGCCCACGAAUAAGGAACCGGCAUUAAAACAGACUAUAAAAGACGAUUUGUUCACAAAUUCAGACAUGAGAUUAGCACUCGAAUCAAAUCGUUAUAAAUGGUUAGCAAAGAAACAGUUGGACGAAGAGAUUAUGUACUCACCGGAGGUUUGGCGCAAACAGGAGGACUUUAUGCCCAUCUCAUGGCUUAUACACGACAUCGAAAGCGCUAAACUAAUCGGACAGAAGUCGGACUUCACUAACAAAGACUUGAAAGAAGAUAUGAUGACAUCGGAUAUGACGCCAGACAUCAACGGAAACUUCAACAGAGAGUCCAAAAGGGAUGUAUAUGUGGGACAGGACUCCAGGAAACACAUCACAAAUCGGGUGUCCGACAGUCACACCACCAGUGAGUCGAUCACAGAAAUGGAUGAAGGGAUCACCACUGAAAUGGUGCCCACGAAUAAGGAACCGGCAUUAAAACAGACUAUAAAAGACGAUUUGUUCACAAAUUCGGACAUGAGAUUAGAGGUCUAUGAGUUGCCCGGUGCUAACAAAUACAUGGGUUUGGCCAGCAAUAGGACGGUUGUCCACAAAGCACCCGAAGUACAGCCAACGGUGCCUUCAAAGACACAAAUGUUGAAAAAUAACGUUAAAGUCUCGGAAAACUCCAAAAAUAACUACUAUUUUAAGAAUGUUCUCAACAGAAGGGCAUUGAAAACGAAAAAAUGGUUUUGA